AUCUACCCAGAUCCAGAGCUGGAGCAGCAGAUCCUGGCGCUGCCCAUCCGCUGCAUCCACAGCGAGGAGGGCUGCCGCUGGACCGGCCAGAUGAAGCAGCUGCAGGGCCACUUCUCCACCUGCGCCUUCAAUGUGAUACCCUGCCCCAACCGCUGCUCCGUCAAGCUGACGCGCCGCGACUUGCCCGACCACCUGCAGCACGACUGCCCCAAGCGCAAAGUCAAGUGCGAGUUCUGUGGCAGCGAGUUCACCGGUGAAGCCUACGAGAACCACCAGGGUGUGUGUCCUCAGGAGAGUGUUUACUGCGAGAACAAGUGUGGAGCGAGGAUGAUGCGUCGUCUGUUGUCCCAGCAUGGCAUGGCUGAGUGUCCCAAACGCACACAGCCCUGCAAGUACUGCGGCAAGGAGUUUGUCUUCGACACAAUCCAG